UCGCCAGAGGCCCGUCUCCAGGUCUGCCCCCGCCCUCCCCGGCCCCGCCCGGCCCCUGGGGCCCUCCCGCCCUGCGCUCCCUCCCCUCCCCGCCCCUCCGGACUGGCUGGGCUGGGCGGGCAGACGGCGGCCCGGGCCGGGAGGGAGGCAGGCUGUGAGCAGAGGCCCUGGCGCCGGAGCCGGUGGGAGCCAGAUCCAGAGUGCCCACAGCCGCUCCCGCCCGGGCCGGGUCAUGCGCUGCCCCAAGUGCCUUCUCUGCCUGUCAGCGCUGCUCACGCUCCUGGGCCUCAAAGUGUACAUCGACUGGACGUCGGAGCCCCGGCUCAGCAAGGCCUACCUGGGACCCCGGGGCACCCUGCCAGGCCCCACACCGGCCAGUCGUGAGCCCACCCUACCUGCCAACCUCUCGGCCCGCCUGGGCCAGACCGGCCCACCACCCUCAGCUUACUGGAAUCAGCAGCAGUGGCGACUGGGAACCCUGCCCAGUGGGGAGAGCGCCAAGGCGGGCACCUGCUGGGCCUGGGGGACAGCGGCCGCCGCCGAGAUCCCUGACUUUGCCUCCUACCCUGAGGACCUCCGCCGCUUCUUGCUGUCGGCAGCCUGCCGGAGCUUCCCAGCAUGGCUGCCUGGAGGUGGUGCCAGCCAAGUGGCCGGGUGCUCAGACACCGAUGUCCCCUACCUGCUGCUGGCAGUCAAGUCAGAACCAGGGCAUUUUGCAGAACGACAGGCUGUAAGGGAGACGUGGGGCAGCCCGGCUCCCAGGGUCCGGCUGCUCUUUCUGCUGGGGUCCCCGGUGGGGAAUGGGGGACCCGAUCUGGGCUCCCUGGUGGCCUGGGAGAGCCGUCGCUACAACGACCUGCUGCUCUGGGACUUCCUCGAUGUCCCCUUCAACCGGACACUCAAGGACCUGCUGCUGCUGGCCUGGCUGGGCCGCCACUGCCCCGGAGUGAGCUUCGUCCUGCAAGCUCAGGACGAUGCCUUCGUGCACACCCCUGCCCUGCUGGGCCACCUGCAGACCCUGCCGCCCACCUGGGCCCACGGCCUCUACCUAGGUGAGGUCUUCACACAGGCCAAGCCCCUCCGGAAGCCCGGAGGCCUCUUCUACGUGCCUGGGUCCUUCUUUGAAGGCGGCUACCCUGCCUAUGCCAGCGGGGGCGGCUACGUCAUCGCUGGGCGCCUGGCGCCCUGGUUGCUGCAAGCCGCGGCCCGUGUGGCCCCCUUCCCCUUUGAUGACGUCUACACUGGCCUUUGCUUCCGAGCCCUGGGCCUGGUGCCCCGCGCCCACCCUGGCUUCCUCACAGCCUGGCCGGCCGACCGCACCACUGACCCCUGCGCUCUGCGUGACCUGCUGCUGGUGCGUCCCCUCAGCCCCCAGGCCAACAUCCGCAUCUGGAAGCACCUGCAGGACCCCCAGCUCCACUGCUGAGCCCGUGGGCCUUGGGUGCCUGCCCCCUACUCAGCCUCCCCUGCACCCUGAUGGGAGGGAGGAGGGCCUCAAACCCCAGCUGCAUGAGCCCCUGUCCUCCUUGGCCAGGGGCCAGGGACUGGUGGGCAGAAUGAGGUGGGCGGACUGUUCUCGUCUUUGUUUUUUUAAAAACAUGUACUCCCA